CUUUUUUACAUCUUACCAGUGAUAUGAUGCUACCUUGCUAAAAAAAUAUUAAAAAAAAAAAAUAAACUAAAAGUGAAAAGGAAGUAACUGAUUUAAUCAAAAGAAAUUUUUUAUUACCGAUGACAAGUAACGAGAACAGAAAAAUGAAAUGCAGAAAGGAUAAUAUAUUAAUUACGAAGUAGUUUUGUCCUGACUUAUAUCUUCCAAAAAUGCCUUGAGAUUCUUAUCAGAAGACCCACCUUCCAUGGCAGCUUAAAUACUCAAAUCCUUCCAUUUCUUAGUAUUCAUUCUUAUUUCUUCAUCUCCCAUUACCAAUUCCAAGCACUUUCUAAUCUCAUGACUUUCAACAAUCCCUUCCUUAUUUGUCCUAACUCUCAAACCAUUUUUCCAUGAAUCCUCUAUCAACUUUGCGUUGGUUCCCUGGUCUGUCCACUGAGGAAAUGCCACCAGUGGAACCCCACAAACCAAGCUCUCCAAUGUCGAAUUCCAUCCACAAUGAGUCACAAAGCAACCCAAUGAAGGAUUUGAUAAAACCUCCACCUGAGAACACCAUGGAACUAUCUUCCCAAGGUUCUCCAAUUCCUCUUUGCAACUCAAUCCUCCAUUUUCUUCUUUCUUCUCUUCUGGGUUUUGUUUCUCUGUUAUCACCCACAAGAAAGGACGGCCACAACCCAACAAAAAUUGGAAGGACAAUAGGUAAAACUCAUCUAUGGAUGAUAUAAAUAGUUCCUCUUCUUCUAGUUCAGAUGAAGAGUUUCAAGACUUUAUGAUGUUUCUUGAUGUAUGUGAGUACACUAAACGUUUUCUAGAAAAAAUACCUCAAAGAACUUCAAUGUUGAGUGGUCAAAAUUUUAUAACAGAAUUGUUGAAUGGGAGUGAAAAAACAUGCUAUGAGUUGUUUCGAAUGGACAAAAAUAUUUUUCUUUCUCUUUGUACUUGUUUGAAGCAACAUGAAUAUUUGAAAGAUACUAAAGAAGUUAGAGUUGAAGAAGCACUUGCUAUGUUUCUUAUAAUAAUUGGUCACAAUGUGGGAAUGAGACUUAUAGCGGAUCGUUUUCAACAUUCCCUUGAAACUGUGGAUAGACAUUUCACUUUGACACUAAGAGCAAUAUGUAGACUUGGAAAAGAAUUGAUAUGUCAUACAAACUCUCCAUUGCCUUCACAUAUCGUCAACAAUCCAAAAUAUUUUCCAUGGUUUGAGAAAUGUAUUGGUGCAAUUGAUGGCACACACAUAAGCGCACAUGUUCCUGCUGAAAAGCAAGUUAGCUAUAGAGGUAGAAAAGCUAUAGUGACUCAAAAUGUUUUAUGUGCAUGCAAUUUCAACAUGAUGUUUACUUUCGUUUAUGCUGGUUGGGAGGGCACUGCAAAUGAUUCAAGAGUUUUUCUUGAUGCAAUUACAAGAUCUGAGAAUAAAUUUCCAUUACCUAAAGAAGGUGAAUAUUAUGUUGUUGAUUCUGGAUUUCCAUGUACCAUGGGUUUUCUUCCUCCAUUUCGAGGUGAAAGAUAUCAUUUGCAAGAAUAUCAUGGUAGAGGUCGCCAACCAAGAGGACCAAAAGAAUUGUUUAAUUAUAGACAUUCUUCACUUAGAAAUGUUAUUGAACGUUGCUUUGGUGUGUUGAAAGCGCGGUUUCGAAUUUUGAAAAUGAUGCCACCUUACAAGCAAAGUAGACAACCUUUGAUAGUUAUAGCUUGUUGUACACUACAUAAUUUCAUUCGAAAGUCGGCACAAAAUGAUGUUAUGUUUACACAAUGGGAAGAAGAAGAACAAGAGAUUGAAGAUGAAGAAGCUAGUACAAGUGGAUCAAACAAUAGUAUAGAUUUGUCAGACGAAGCAGCAACAGCUAUGGCAGCUUAUCGCAAUCAGCUUUCACAAGUAAUGUGGCAUGACUAUGUUAUUCAUAUGUAAAAUUAGUAAUUUAAUGGAUAUUUAUAGUUGGAGAUUUUAUAUUAGACUUAUAAAAUUUAAUUUCCUAUUAGCAACAA